UCAUAUCUCAGUCUGAAUGACAUUAGAUGGCGUGCAAUCUGACAGACGGUGUUUUUUCUCGACAUCUUAUCCAUAUUUCUGUCUCAAACUUAUACCUAUCCCUUUGUCUUUUCUACUUAAAUGUUAAUUCUUCACUCAACAAUAUAAGCUUUCCAAGGAGAGGAUUAACGAUUACACAGAAGUCUAAUCACAAUAUAAUAUAUUAUCUGGAAUUACGUUCGAUAGGGUGCAAUCUGGCAGACAUUAAAUUCACGUUUUUUAAGUGGUGUUUUGUUACAUGCAAGCUCUAUCAGUUUUGGCUCCUGCUCUGCUGAAGGAAAUCGAUUCAGUUUAUGUUUGCAGUGCAUACUAAUGGAGAGGCCACUAUUAUUACCACAACAGCAGCAGCAGCAACAUGGUGUCUUGGGAUUUUUUAAAGUUGACAGGGAAGAAGUGAAGAUGCAAUUGAAAAUUGCAGUGCCCAUGAUUUUAACAAAUAUUUUUCAGUACGCUAUAAACCUCGUGUCCCUCAUGUUUGCAGGGCACCUGGGUGAGCUUGAGUUGGCUGGUGCUGCACUGGCCAGCUCCUGGGCUGUGGUCACUGGCCAAGUUAUAAUGGUUGGUUUGACUGGUGCCUUGGAGACUUUGUGUGGACAAGCAUAUGGGGCAAAGGAAUAUCUGAUGUUGGGUGUGUACUUGCAAGCAUCCAUGAUUGUCACAUUUGUUUGUGCAAUUUUUGUAACUGUUUUUUGGCUAUAUUCAGAGCCAAUAUUCAUAGUCAUGGGGCAACAAGCUGAUGUGUCAAUGAUGGCAACAAUUUACUUGAGGAGUCUAAUUCCUGGUAUAUAUGCAUAUGCUAUGAUGCAGUCCAUAACACGUUUUUUCCAGACCCAAAGCAUUGUGAUGCCCUUGGCCAUGUGCUCAGUUUUCCCCUUGAUUGUCCAUUUUAUUCUUUGUUAUCUAUUAGUUCAUCAGACAACAUUGGGCUUUCAUGGAGCUGCAUUGGCAAGCUCGAUAUCAUUUUGGUUGACAGUUUUUUGUUUGGUACUUUAUAUGAAACUGGGACAAAGCUGUCAAAAUACUUGGGGAGGAUUUUCACAAAAAGCUUUCAAGGUUAUUGUUCCUUUUCUAAAACUGGGAUCUCAAUCUGCAAUCAUGGUGUGGUAA